AUGACACGUACGUGCAAGAGUCUCCACCCAGAUCGAGUGUCAUGGGUGUAUAUAUGAACGUAGACAGGCAACAGCCCUACACAGACAUAGACAGCCAACAGCCGUAUACGGACAUAGACAGCAAACAGCCGUAUACGGAUAUAGACAGCCAACACCCGUAUACGGACAUAGACAGCCAACAGCCGUACAUGAACGAUCCCGCAGGCUUUCAUCCAGAGGUGGUACAAUACGAAAUGUUUUCCAGACCGUCCCCUCCUCAGCCUCCCCCCGCCCCUCAGGAAGAUUCGAACGUGUACCAACGGGUGAUCAGGCCAGAUAGUCGCCCAGUGUCCAACGUGUAUGAACUGCCGGGUGAGCCUGAGGUCAUGUAUGUGGGGUCACUGGGGUCACAAUGGUCGCCUGUGUCACAAGGGUCAUUGGUUCACUGGAUCAACGACGUCACUGUGGGGUCACUGAGGUCAUCAGGUGCACUGAGGUCACAGGGGUCACAGGGGUCACUUGGGUCACUUGGUCUCUGGGGUCAUUGGGGUCAUUGGGGUCAUUGGGGUCAUUGGGGCUACUGA